UGGUCGCGUUCGGUUGGAAAAUCCGCGUCGCUCCGUGCUAGAAUCUAGAUCUAGGUGCUAAGCAUAAACACUCUGAUUUACACAGACACAGCUUGGUGUUGAUCGGUGUCCGUUGCAGCUAGCAGCUCUCACACAGGACCGUGUCGGGAGUGGGUAUUCAGGUUUACUAUCCCAUCCCCCGUAGCCAUCGGACCCGUGGCCACGUGUUGGUUUACUCGCAGCAGGUUAUCCCCAUAACUGAAAAUCUCGGUAUCCUGUGGAUUCUACGGAGGAAAUUGAAUGCAUUCUCGUGUCUAGGGAAGACUAGGGCUCGAGGCAUGCUUUCUCGUUGUUGGUAGUUCAGUGCAAAAGUUGGGCUUGGCGCAAUUCUGUCAGGCCGCUCGGUGUCACAAGUGUAGCCAUGUAAAAGGGCGAAAAUACAUAAUAAAGUGAAGAUAAUAAAAAAAUGUAAUGGCGUACAGCUCGGCGUGUCGACCUGAAGGCUUUUACAAUAGAUGAAUAACAUGGAGAAAUAGUGAAAUUGUGCAGUUCAUCCCUAUAGUUUUGUCCGUGUCGCAACUGAAGACUUUCGACGCGUCUGCUUGAGGUGAGGUGAAAGUGGGAAGCAUAUAACGAAGCAGUGCGAAUUGAGGAUUAUUUCCAUGCAAAUCGUUGUGAUGAAGUUGAAAAUAAUUUAAUUGUGAAUUGAAAGGUCAAAAAGUAUAAAAAAGUGCUGUCUUGAGAAGAAUUGCAAUUACAUAAAACCGAGAUGGAAUAGCUAGUGCUAGUGACAGUGAAUAAUACUGAACAGAAGAGAUUUGUCAGACAUAUACCAAACCGGAGAAAAAUAAGCUGGGGAAGUGAUUCACAUUCGUAUCAACUAUAAGUUGCGGCUGUUAUUAUUCAGACACGGCGAGGUUGAAAGAAACGUACGAUUAUUAGGUGGAAUACACAAGUAAUGGUUCAAGAGCAAUGCAAUGUUCACCGGCUUCGGUCUGAUCCCGGCGGUGAAAAUGUGGACUAAGUGCACACCUGCCAAGUAGAACAGGGGAGAGUAAAACGCAACCAGUAGUUAAAGGUCCUUUCACCAUCGGCACCAACCUGCCAGCUAUAUCCAAGACUUCCAGCACAUAACGAGCUUUUCCGUGCGAGGUAAUGCUUUAUAUUACGGAUUGCGUCGCCUCACGCCAACAGAACCGUAAACGUACAGUGGAAAAGCAAGAGAAUUAGAAACUGGAGGAAAAAAUAUCCGCCUGUUGAAACGUGCCUUGGGACUCUAAUAUCAAGACACCUGUAGUCACUCCCUUUCCUAUACGUGCGUUGGGUGAGUGGGGUAGUGCUUUCAGAACCGCAGGACACGACUGUCGGGUGGAAAAGCAAAUGUAAAACCAGACUGCCGACACACACAGAGAGAGAAGACUAGAGUGUGAGAGGGUGGCACUUGGUCCGGAAGCGGAGCAACCAUGGCCGUUUCAGUCGAAGAAGUCGUAUUCAACGCACUACGUGGGCAUCACAACGAGAAAACGAAGCUUCCGUCUCCUCGCAUUAUUAAGAUUUAUGUUGCAAGUUUGAAGGAAGACUUCAAAGAGGAACGCCGGCUACUGCUGGAGGUGAUUGGACCUGAUUUACAGUCGGUUUACGACGAUCGGCAAAUUGAGGUAGAAAUUGUCGACAUUCACUUUGGAACCGGAAACGAUAGCACAGCAGUGGAAUUGGAUCCCUAUGCACUGGACGACCAUUUGUCAGAAAUUGAAACGUGCCACCGGGUGUCGAAGAGUGUCUUUUUUAUUGCGCUGCUAGGAUCACGUUUAGGUAAUUUUUUACUACCGACAAAACUAGACUCAGAAGUCUUUACGGCAAUCAGCCAGUGCUCGACUGCGGCCGAGUGCGAAUGUCUCAGGAAAUGGUACCAGGAAGAUUCGACCAAAGAGGUUUUCGUUCUGCAAACACAAUAUAGGACAAUAGGCCGCCAAGAAUGGAUCACGGAAAAUCGACAACUGCGAGACAUCCUCGAGAGUAAAGUUGAUAAAAUCCUUAAGGCCUUCGAGGACGGUGGUGGGGGUGAAAGCCGAAGUACCGAUCCUGGCGGUGCUUUUGUGCUACCGGAUGGAAUCAAAUUAAUCGAUAGCGAACGGUUCUGUGAUAAUCUUAAACGACUGAAAACCAGAGCACUUCAGUGGGAGAUUCAGAAGGCAUUAGCCUGCUCAGAGGAAAAUGUCUUUGCUGUUUUUCGACAGUGGGAAAAGGGCGCAGAAAACGGAUACAGGGAAGAUGAUAGAAUCGAACAAUUGAAAUCAUCACUGGUUGCUGUGCUAUCUGAGGACAAUCGAGUAAUGCUAACAGUACCGUGGGCGGAGAGUGGUAUCGACCCGGAACUGCCGACCUACGAGAGUUACCUGAAUCGGUUCAAAGCCAGGGUCUUUGAGAAGCUGAAACAUACCAUCGAUCAGAGCCUUGCCAAGGAUCCUAACGGUGGAAAAGGGCGGAAGAAAACGGUGCAGGAAAUAUUCCACGAGCACUCAACCCACCUAAUGUACUUGAAUGAGCACUUAAACGCCAACAAAUACAUAUCAUCCCCAGUACCGGACCGGAUACGGCAGAACGUGCAACAGAACUACCGCUCUGGAAGCCGCCACCCGCCAUAUUUUAUUAACGGUGGUCAUGGCAGCGGCAAGAGUACCCUGCUCUCCCACAUAUACUCGCAGCUGACCGGUUGGUUCGAGCAUAUUAAAGUGCAUCGGGUGAUCCGGUAUGCGUCAGCCACCCCCCGGUCCGCCUACAACCUGGAAUUGUUGCGAGUAAUCUGUCAACAGUUGGCAAUUAUCCUCAACAUACCGGAGGGCUAUUUGCCGAAGGAUGCCUCGUUUGACCCGCUCUACAUCAAUAAUUGGUUCCAGAACCUGCUGAAACACUGUGAAGACCUGCACAACGAGAUAUUGUUUCUCUUUAUUGAUGACCUGCAUAAACUGAAUCCACUAGACUGCGACAUUGUGGCUGCCUUGUCGUGGCUUCCCAUCAGCUUGCCGUGGAAUGUGUUCCUGAUCGUUUCGACCACUGUGCCAAUCGAAUCACUUAAACUGACACCUAUGCAGAAGGAACGCUUCAAAUGCUCCGAUUACUGCUUCGACCUGUCUCUGGAACAAAAUGAAACAGUCGUGCGGAAAGUUGAUGGCUACCAGUCUUUUGAGGAGUACGUGAACAACAUUUUCGAUGCGAUGGAACACCGCUUUGGAGUCAAGGGUUUCAGCAAGCUGGCAAUUUAUAUUACGUGCUCGGAGUAUGGUUUGACCGAGACCGAGUUUCUGGAACUUCUCAUGCCCAUCUCAGACUCGGAGGCACUAAUCGACACGAGGGAGGGUGGCUUUAAUUUCUCCACCUUCCGAACACUCCGCAACGAGAUGAGGGCGUUAUUGCGGGAGAAACUAAUGUCCGGAAAGUUGCUGAUUGUGUGGCGGCACAGUCUCUGCUCGGAUAUCACCAAAGUGCGCUACAUGACACCGGAAAUCUCCCGGUCGGUUCAUUCGGAAAUUGUGAAUUUGUUUUUCCCACCGGACAGCGAGGAAAGCGACGAGAUUUCCAGUGAACAGCAGAGCAGAAAAUCUAGUAUCCAAACGCAGCAUGACGAUAAUGUAACCCAAAUCAUUACCCUAGGACCGGACAUUUCGUACAGCAUUCGCCACGUGGAAGAGUCCUGGCAUCAUUUAAUUAAAUCCGACGACACGAAAAAGCUCAAAGAGAUUGCGGUGUGCAAUUUCGACUUUUUACUAGCAGCUGUACAAACGGUGUCAAUUAGUUAUCUGAGAUGCUUAAUCGAACAUGUACGGUGUUACAUUCUCGAUCGGGACAUUGAACUGGUGUACUACACUAUCCGGAAAUCGAGCGAUGUGCUCACCAGGGAUCCGAUGCAACUGGGGGCUCAGCUGAUAUCUUGGCUUAAAUCAGUGUCGGCUCACGAAGGCCCUCAAGCUCUGCUAAGCGUGACCGUUCAAUCUGCCACGGCUUGGUGCGAUGGCUAUACCGUCCCGCUGCUGGUACCCCUAACCGGCUGGCUUCCAUCUCCGCUGCCGUCGCAGAUUCGAUGCAUGACCGUGCCUGGACCGGGUCCGUUUCGUUGUAUCGAAGUUUCGCCCUCGAAGCAACACCUUAUCCUCUCGCCCAAAGUCGGCGACCCUCAGCUGUGGCACAUCAUGAGCAACAGUCUGGUUCACACGUUCCGGGGUCACAGUGGUCCGGUAACAUUCAUGAAGGUGCAAUCGCAGUACCUCCUCACAGCAUCCGAGGACACAUCCGUUAUCGUAUGGGACAUGCAAACACUGACGAUGAAAUUGAGAUUAUGCGAACACAUAGCACCAGUGAUCUGUGUCACAUUAGCACUGAAUAACAAAUACAUUAUCAGCGGCGGGGACGACUCCAGCAUCAUCGUGUCGCUGCUCGAAAGCGGGAAGCCGGUCGCGAAAAUAGAGCACCACCGAGGUCCGGUGACGGGACUGCUCGUUGCCAUGCCCAGCGAAGUUUUGGUUUCGUCCAGUCACGAUGCUUCGGUGUGUCUGUGGUCGCUCGACGAUUUCACUCUCCUCAACUGCAUCCAGCUGGCCCAUCCGGUGCUCAGGAUUCAAAUUUCCUGUGAUUCGAUUUUUCUUCUAGCGUAUUGCGAUGACAAUGGAAUCUACCUACGGGCACUCGCUACCGGAACCGAUUUACACGCCCUGAAAGGACAUAAAUCGAAGGUACGCGCCCUCUGCAUUGCCAUGGACAGCCAACGAGCGAUCGUGGGUUGCGAUGAUACCCGUGCCCAGAUUUACGAUAUGCAUUCCGGCAGAAUCAUCCGAUCUCUGCCUCCAAAUCCGGGCCCAGUAACGGCCGUGUACGUAAUGGAAAAGGACGAUUACCUUGUCACGGCCGGUGGCAACAAGAUCACCUUCUACUCAUUCCGCAACGAAGAUUCCAUCGCCAAUUACUAUCCGAAGAAAAAGAAAAUGAUGAAGAAGUUCUCCAAAAGUCGUGCUGCCCUAGCGGCUACAGCAAGUCCGGUGAUUUGUUUUGAUAUUUCUCGUGACUCUACCAUGGCAGCUGUUGCAUCUAGUCGAUGUAUUCAAAUAUGGCAACUGAACACCCCGGAAUUGACAUCGAUUCUGGAAGGACACAGUGGAACAGUAACGUGCGUGAAUUUUGCGCCCAACUGCGAAUAUGUAGCAUCCGGAUCUGAGGACAAGACUGUGAAUGUUUGGAGUUUGGCACUGGGUACAAUCGCUGUAACGUUCAAAGGUCACAACACUUUCGUUACGUCCGUUACGUUCAUGAUGGACUCGAGGCGUAUAAUAUCCGCUGAUCGAGACAGCUCUCUGUUUGUGUGGAUGGCCGACUCCGGCACAAUUCUACAAACCGUCCAGGGUCCGUUUAAGUGUUUGGCCGUGACAAACAAUAUGAAGUUCGCUGUUUGUACCAACGGCGAUACAAGCCUUCGAAUAUGGUCGCUAACGAGAGAGGAUGAAAAAUUCACAGUUUCACAUUCCGCUGAAAUCACGUGUUUCGUAAUAACAGCUGAUUCGUUGUAUCUGAUAUCCGGCUCGAAAGAUAUGUCCUUGAAGGUGUGGCAAGCUUCGGGCGGGAAACUUGCACAAGUUUUAGUUGGGCAUACGGAUGCCGUUACCUGUGUGGCAGUAUCCGUGACCAACAAAAGCCAGGUGAUAUCCGGUUCGAAAGACUCAAACCUUAUCAUAUGGGAUAUUCAUACGGGCGAGGAGAUUCAUACGCUAGCGGGACACUUAGCUCCAGUUAGUUGUGUUAAGGUUUCAGCGGACGGUUCCACAGCGGUUUCCGGGAGCGACGACAAAACGUUGAUCGUUUGGGAAACGAAGCGUGGUCUUGCACUUACAUCACUUCAACUACACGUCCAGUUCACGCGGUUCGAUAUUAGUCUCGAGUGUUCCAGAAUAGUAGUACAACUGGUGGACAGCUCGUGUCUUCCAAUAAUCUGCCUACACAACUCCCCUGCCUCAUAUAUAAAACUUCCCACCUACUCGGCACCUGCCAGGGACGUUGAAGAUUUGCGACCUGCUGGUCCAAAGCGACCCGCAAGACGACUGCUCAAAAAGGAAGUGUCCCUAGACACCUACACCUGGCAGAAAAAGUACGCCCAUCUGACUUCCUCUGUAAUGAUGGCCCAGGUGGACGAAAGACUGAAAAGGCGCUUCUCGGUGUCAGCCAGUAUGGAAGAAAUUUCGAAAUUAGCCGAAUCGAAGACUCUUGAAUCUCAACAGAACCGUGGACCUGAGCAAGCCGCUCUGGCAUCGUCUCAACACUUUGACCAGUUAGAGGCCUUGUGGAAUAAACGAUCACCACCGAGGCGACGACUGAAUCAGUCGCUAUCUCGCCAAUCGUCACUCGUGGAAGACCGUAUCGACUCGUCGGACGAGGAUGAAUUCCGGGAGGAACGCGCAGACGUUCUAGCGGAUUGAAGCAAAUAAUUGUUAAGAAAUAACAUGAUUUCACCGUAUGUUUGUUGAGCGUUUUUCAUCAUAUACCAAACAUUCCAUAAUUCCAAACCUGCUCUCCCAAGCGACGACGGUGCCACUAGGCGUCAAACAUUGGAAGCAUUUCUUUCCAAAGAAAGCUUUCCCUCAGUACAGCCAUCUCUGAAAAGCUCCGUCGUCACCGCUUUUUGGUCGUUCGCCCAUCAAUAGUUAUGCCACCCCUCCCGAGAAGCAUCGUACAAUUUACAUGCAAUGCUUUGAAAAGCAAAAGCUUUGUUACAUUUGACCCGAGUGAAGAACGGUGCUCGAAUGGUGCACAGAUUGAUACUCAUUUUCGUUUAACAAUCGUAGUGGAACACGUAUAUUGAAAGCUCUCAAAAAGGCCGUGAAAUUAUGUAUUGCUACACAUUGGAGUAAUAGAAGUAAAGGCAAAUAUGUUCGGUAGUGGUAGCAAUGAUUAUGUUUAUCCUUUAUUCCAAAAACCGGGCAGUGUAAUGCAUCAGACAAAAAUAUUAUUAAAACGGUAUGUCGAUCGGUAAAAUCAGUUAUAAAUGCCCCAAUUUAACAGUAUCUAACACUGGGAUUGAUUCGUCAGGUUAUUUGAGCGGAAUUCGAUGUAAUUAGAAGUAUAUUUAUACUAUUUCGUUUAUGAUAAAUUAGUGACCCUCAAAGAUGGAAUUGUACCGAAAAAUGUGAGAAAUUGAUUAUAGAUUCGAAGAAUAAAACAUAUUUUAGUAUUACUAAAAACAAAUGAAAUGCCACCAAAAAGUGAAACUGUUCAGUAAUGUUGAAAUUAUAAAUGAAGGCAUUCCAUAGACGGAGGAUGCGGGAUACAGACAUGGUUUGUUCAAUGCUCAACAAGUAGGAUCUUUUAGUAAACUUUGGCUUGAUCAACUCAAACAGCACAAAUGUUACCAGGGAGCAGAUGAAUAAAUUUAUUUGUUUAUUUAUUUCCUUUAUUUAUUUCUUCUUCUUUGUCGCCUUCUGCCACUUUCAAUAUUUCUUGAACUAAUCGAACACUACUUGAUUGCAAAUAAUAACAAAACAAAUUUAGAAACAUCAUGCGACGUAAAGAAAUAAAUAAUAUAAAUCACGAUUCCUGAACUUCUUUUAAAAUUGUCGGACACAUAUUUGGAUUGGUCCUUUGGUGAUAGAGAUAUAGCCGUGUUUUUAAUAUGGCGUCGAUUUCUACAUUGAAUGAAAUAAAUGGUAGAAUUGAGUCUGUAUUAAAACAAUUUAAGUUCAACUGACAUUGAGUCUUAAUAAACUAAACUAAAUAUAUUUAACCCAAAGUGAGAACAAACGUUGUUGAAACUGCGCAGAACUAAUGACGAAGUCGAAGACCUCGGUAAAAUCGUUGAAGCGAUGGAUCGUUGCCGAAAUCGAAUAACAAAUGCUUUGCGUUUGAAUGUAGUGUUUGUAGUUGGAAGGUUUUAAGGAUUCAACAGCAAAAAAGCUUAUUAAAACAUCAGUUUAUUUUGCUACAUCUUCUUAACUACUUUUCAUAUCAUGAUCUGGGUGUGGAGUCGUAGCGUGGUACCCUGGCGCCCUUGGCGGAGCCUCAGAUUUGCGCCCGUUUGGUGUUGACUUUGGGUUUCUUUUCUAGUUCGACCUUCAAACAACGCUUUUUCGCUAAUGUUUGACUGUCGCUCAUUUCAUGUAAAUACCAGUCACAAAUCUUAUAACUGUAUAGUUACGAAAUCAGUUGACGCUAGGUGUUUGACAGAGAAAGUAUCUAUUCAGAAGACUGUAUAUUAGGGUGCCAAUGGCAUGUAUAGGAAACAGGUGACCAUCGAAUUUAACAACCGGACGCAACGCAACAGCAUUAGCACCUCGAAAACAGUUUCUUUACAAAAUUUUAGUUCAAUCCGACACGAUUAAGAGGUUGCGCAAAACGGCCAAAGUGCACCCUUAGAAUAUUUAAAAUGCAAACCCCGCUGAAAAUUUAUUUGUUUAAGAUGGAACUUAGAAAAUUCUAGGCUUAAGUUGAUACUGUGGUUUGAAAAGGCUGUUUUAACUUGUUUUCUAUGUCAAAUAUCUAAAAAAUGCAUGAUAUAACGGAUCUAGUAUCAUCUUGUAAAAAAUUGUUUUUACGAAAGUUGCCUCUCUGGUACUUUUAGUUUUUAAACUGAGAUUUUCAAAUAAAAAAAAAAUGUUUUUUUUCGAAUUGACACCAGAUUUCGACAUUUCAGGGAUCUCUAAAACAUUCGGCAUACAAGAAAAUAAAAACUGCAUUUGACUUCGACGCGUACUCCAUAUUCAAAAGCGAAUUUUCGAAAUUCUUCAAGCGAUUGGACGAAGUAAAUGUUUCCUGCAUUGGCGGGAUACACAAGAAAAAGAUUUUCUUACUUUGGAAUGAAUUCGAGAAAUAAAAAAUGUUGAUGACUCUUUUUGCACUGUAAAUAGUAUCGCCAAAUUGCCCUGCGUGCAGUACUGCCAACUUAUCCCAACCAUAUAUUUUAUAGAAAACUGUUUGAAAAACAACUUUUGUUCGUGGAUAGAUGUAAUAUCUAUAUGGAUACUGAAAGUUCCUUUCGCGCGCUAUCGAAAAAUAUAGGGGAACCCGGGGCUAUUCGAACCUACUUAAGCAAAUCGUCCUUUUAGGUGGAUAGAUGUGAAAAAAGUUACCGGUCAAAAGUCCUAAUUGUUAGUUUGAAACCUCAGCUACAUUUUGGUGCCAUAAAAGGUUCAUUUGCACCACUCAAUGGCAGCGCUAGGCGACGAUUUGCAAACCUCUACGUUUUUCCAUCCUUUUACAAUGUAGGGGUAAUUCGGACCUCCCUACGGGGCAAUUCAGAUAGUCAUUUUUUUAAUUUUUUUACAAUGGAAUUAUGUUUACCUGUGAAUUAGUUGCAAGAGACAAUCCUUAGAAAGCAAAAAAAAUUGCUUUACAAAAAUUUAAUCUGGUAUGUCACUGAUGUCGAUUGGCGGCCCAUGUAUUUUCUUUGCUGUGGCGUGUGCAAUUGUGUGCGCAGCCGCAAGCCGCUGAACGGUGGUUGACGGACUAGGGGGUCCGAAUAGCCCCGUACGUUCAUAUCGCACAAAAGUGGUGAGCGUCUUGAAAAUAUCUGUGUUUUCACAAAAAAUAUUCCAUAAAAUAAGAGCCUCAAGCUUUCCAAAACACUUAUUUUUUAUUUAAACUCUCAAAAUUAAUGCUUCAGAAUAGCGGUUCCACGAAUAUAUACGAUAUUCAGAUAGUCUUGUUAUUUUAUGAGAAAUCGAGAGGGUCAAAAUUACCCCCACUGUCCUAAUAGCCCCGGGUCCCCCUAAUCAUUCGGGAAAUAGGUUGAAAAUCACCCUAAAUCACACAAAGUAUUUAAUAUUUGGAAAAUUUACUUCGUAUGCUCGAAAACACAAUAUCGCCCACAACUUCUACAAAACAAAACGUUUUUCAACAAAAACACAUUGGAUAAUGGGUUUCACAUAACUUGAGGUACACAAGAAAAGGCAGCGCUAUAUGUCUAAUAGAAACGGAAAAAAGGGGAUUUCGCCAACUUACCCCAACCGCCAACUAGCCCCGGGCUCCCCUAUUCUAAUAUUCCGCAAGACGCAAAAAUAAUCAGCUGUGCCAGAUAUCUCGAAAGUUCGCCUAGAUAAGCUCAGAAAUGAGAUAUUUUGUCUAAAGCAAACAAAUUAUGUUACUGGCGAAUAAACUUUUUGAAGAACUAACCCGUUUACAUACCCGCUCACAAAGUUGAGAUCGAUGGUGUAGUUAUCGAUUCGAACUAGGCAUAUCUACUGUAUCUACUGAAGGACGGGAUUGGCUGUUUCAAAGAUCCAUUACUACAUUGAUGAUGUGUCCCUUCAAACUAGUGUCGGGUGACCUUUGGGGAGACUGCGUUGCGUUUACUUCGACAAGGAUCGUCUGCAAAAUCGGUUGUUUGUGUCGAACGUCAUGCAUGCAGUAUUGCACUAAAUACAAGCAAAUAGGUCUUUGUAGCAAUAGUUUUUUUUUCUUUCUUGAGAGGCCGCUUAAUAUAUCAGCAAGAGAAAGCUCUGCCACAAAUCCGAAUCACAGACAUUUGAGAAAAAACAAGGAGCUUCCAACACUUUCGGGAACACCGAAAAUCUCAUGUGAUGUUUCCAUCAGAGAUUCAACUUAGUGCAGGAUCGGUUGGACCUAGGAUGGGAAUUAGCAACUUUGUCAUAUUGCGAAAGUCCUCCGAUCAGCAAGGAGACUUCAAUUUUCACGGUAUGUCAUAUGGUUAUCUUAUCGAUGAUAAAAAGGUAGUCUGCUUUAUUGCCCAUGACAUUUCCGUUCCCUUUGUUUCUAUGAAACUGAGGAAACGAGCGGAAAAUGUUUGCAAUAAUUUUUGCUAUUUUUAUUGACAUUUGAAGUCUUUGUCUUGUUAUUUGUUUAUUCUGUAUUUUGGUCUUCUGGUGCCUUUGGUAGAGUCAUAGCUAUGCGCCUUGUUGCUGUCUACUUUGGCUUUCUUUUUCAGUUCGAUUUUCAAAUAAUAAUUUUGUGUGCACCUGAGAAUGAAACCUCUAUCCUGACUUAUGUUAUGGCUAAACCUCUCUUAUUUUAUGAAGCAGAUCAAGAGUUAGGCGCCCUCCCUAUGGCCCUUUGCGGGGACCAACCUGGACAAACGCACGCUACGGCUCUGGCUAAAACCUUGAUUUUUUUACGUAAACUAUGACUAUAAUAUAUCAAAUUGAGUCAGAGUAAAAAUAUAAUCUCAGAAGAUGAAGUUUUUGAGACAAAUGUAAUAUUUCGCAAAUUUCAACAUCCUUUUAAAGACUUAUACCAAAGUUUACUCUAAAAUGCAUCCAUACAAACCUAUCCUGGAUUAGGUUCACGCAAAGAGCUUUAAAAUUGUGAUUGUUUCAAGGUAAAAUAUGAAACAUAUCAAAAAUAUGUAUCUUAUUUCCUGUCCCUACCACAACCCUUUCAGAAACAUUAAACAGAAUUAGAUUUCAUUCAGAGUUAGAGAGAUUUUAAAAUUUCGACCUAUUUGUUCGGACCGAUUUUCAAAACCCAUUUUAGCCAACUUUAAAAUAGAAAUCUUAUAUUUGACCGAAAUCCAUGCCAUACAUGCACAGACAAAAGCUGGAAUUCAUUCAAAAAUGAUUUUAUUUUGUUUGUGUAAAGUCGCUACCCUUAAGGUGAAACAGUACAAUACAAAUUCUAAUCAAAACAAUGCUACUAUAAUUAAGUAAACACGACCUCCACUUUGUUUACAGUCGGUUCCGACAACAUGUUGAUGUACGCUCGUCCUGGCAUGCCGAAGACAUGCCAAAGAUUCGCACUUAUAAUGGCAAAAGAUCUUGACUCCUGCGGUAGAAGACAAAGGGUUAUGUCGCUGGGAAACUCUAAGCUUGCUUAUAUGACCCUAGUCUACGCUUUUCUAAACUUUUUUCUAUCAACUCCUUGCUCUCCCUUAAGUACUAUGGCUCUUAAUAUUGAAAAAUACACUUCACCUUCCAGUCACUUGCUAAUUAAACGUCUUUCCAACAGUUUGUUUACUAAAUUUUACAGUUACUGCGUAAUACUAUGUUCACACUACAGAGUUAAAACACGUUAUAAUAAUUAGCAACAAGAAAAAUGUCAUCAAGAUAACGUUAAAACACGUUUUAACUCGUAGUGUGAACGUAGUAUAAGAUAUCAUGGAACAGUUUCAGAAACAUUUAAUAAUAUAUUUUAACCGGUUCAAAAUAUUUACUGAAUCUUAAGCUAACUGAACAAAUUCAGCGUCUAACAAACCAAUCUUUCCACUCGACUUCUCUCUUUUGUACUCUAGUGAAACACGCAUAGAUCAACCUGCAAUGUUCUAAGUUGUACAUGGAUUCUUGCCAUUAAUCUAGCUAUAAAGUAGUUAUUUAAAAUUAAUAUCAGUAAUAACCAUGCGUCUCCAUUGCCUUUUUUAAUUUUGACUGAUUACCCAAAGUUCGUAUAAGGGAGCUGCAUAAGCUUCUCGUUUUAAGUAAUUUUUCGAUACGUUUCGUGUUCUAAGAGUGGCUUAAGUAGCUUUCAAGUUCCAUUAAAGCUUAAUCAGCUGGAAAGUUUGCUAAGAACUUGAUGUGAACUUUAAAGUGUGCAUUUAAGUAUUUUCCGAACUUUUGGUUGCUUGGGUAUCGCAAGCUUUCGCAAAACUAGCUUUUUUGUCAUUUUGAAGAAAAAAUUCAAGUUUUCGCAUGAGUAUAGUGCGAUCGCGGGCAUUCUCGACGUCGUUUUUUGACAUUAGAUGUCGUGUUCAAAGAAAUUUCUUGUUAAACAACUACAAAAAUAUCACAUUCUCCGGUGUGAGUAGUGGUUAUUGGUUUGAAAACAAUAAGUUGCGCUAUUUUUGGAGACGGGGAAUCGCGCGUUCCGAUGUAUCGCUGGAAGUGAAACUUCUAUCCAAAUAACAUACAGGUUACUUACCUAAGGGCCUAAUUCACCUUCCCUGUUAGGACCAUAAUCAAAACGUAAUUAUGCAAGUACGCUCUCAUUUGAGAAAACUUUCCGCCCAAAAAACUCGACUCCUGCAUAGACUAUCGGUAUAUCCACCAUUUUUCAUAAAUUUUGUUAAAUAUCCUAAUAAAACUAAGUUCUGCGAAUUUUCAGGCCACUCUGACCAGUUGAUCAAGUCAAGGUUCAAGAAUAGUAGUAAUAUCGUGCGAAUCAUGUAGUAAAAUCGGUGUCCACAGUUAAUGUAAGUGCAGCAAAAAAGAAUAAACCGCCAAAAUCGGAAACAUUUUUCAGCUUUCAACAAUAUUGACUUUCAUACGAAAUCAGAGAAUUGUGCCUCAUCAUCAGGCCGAACACAAAGCUUGAAUAACGAAAAAAAAUGAUUUAACAAAACUCAGAAACACUCACAAUCACAAGUGUAAGGACCGUUCGGAACGAUGAGCAGCCUCAAGGAAACCAGUCAGCAAAUGCGAAUAAAUACAAUUAGAUGAACGUAAUGUGUAUCUAUCCAUUCCAGCAAUAAAUGUGGCAAUUAACCGAGAGAAGAAGUAAGAAACAAAAACCAAAAAUAGCGAAUAAUGAAUGUGUAGAUGAAAGUGUCCAUCAUGUUGUAUGUUCAGUGCAUAAAAGAAUCCAACCACCUUGUAAUAUGGAUGUAAAAUUUAUCGAUUGUAUCCCACAGUAAACUGUAAGACUAUCUUUAGAAGAAUGAGAUCUGAUUUUAAAUAAUACGAUAGCGUAUGAAGAGUAUAAACAACAGUAGUGCCGUAGUGAUCCUUUUUCUAGCACCGACAAUCAUUCAGUCUGUUAAUCCUUUUCUAAGUGAAAACUAUAUUGAAAAGUAUCGUUAUUUUCCUGCAUCUGUGGUAGACUAAACGGUAGUUUUAAACUGAUAUUGAUAAAAGUACAGAUAGUGUACUCGUUUUUAUAGAGCUACAAAGUAAAACUAAACAUUAUAGCUUCAUUUUUGUCAAUCACCAAGCGCCUCCAUUUCUCCUUUCUUUCUCACAUCUUGAAUGUCUAAAUCUACAAAAUUAUAUAAUUCCUUUCGAACGUACAAAUUUGCACCUAGUUUCAGAGCAUUAACCCUUCUUGGCCAUUUACUACUAUACGGAACCGGAUUCGUCUCGCCUAUAGUUGUCUAGUCCAACCUAAAUGGUUUUUCAGUAUAAUGUUGCAUAGUCCAUUCUAGAAGGAAACUUAUUUGGAAAUUGCAUUUCAGAUAUAUUAUGUUUUGUUUUUCUCAGUACACAUAAAGUAAAUAAAUAUACAUACACAAGACGAAUGUUUUAUGUCGUGAAGACACAUCGAUGUGGUAGUGAAAGACAAAUAUCGAAAUAAACAAAAAUCCUGUGAACCCCUAAUAAAGUGCAUAGAGGUUAUUGUUUCCAAA